AUGCAGGCACCCGACGACCCUCCCUUUUCUUCUUCUUCGUCGCUGUCCCAGUUUCACCUACCUUCACCCGAUUCUGAUCAAGAUCCUCUUGUUGCUGAAUCGCACCAUUCCAAGUCGGAUAUGGUUACGUUGCCUUCUUCACCAUCAUGUAUAUUCACUCCUGCCACCGCCAACACUACUACUAUUACUACUACUUCAAAUACAAACACUACCUCCUCCUCCUCCACCACCACCACCACCACCACCGCUUCUACUGCUCCUUCCGCCCAACAACUUCCUACGCCAAGAACACCUUCCAAUGACGACGAUGACACUACUACCAUUUCCACCAUGGCAGACAAUCAGCUCACUCCUAUGAUUGUACCAGCAAAACGCGGUUACAAAUCUCAUGUACCUAGUGCAUGCGUCAACUGUCGCAAGGCUCACUUGGCGUGCGAUGUAUCCCGACCAUGCAAGCGUUGUGUAGCUGCCGGCAAAUCAGACACAUGCCAUGAUGCUAAGCAUAAGAAACGAGGCCGUCCAAGAUUGCAUGAAACCAAACGAUUCAGUGGAAUGUAUGGUGGAUCAGUGAUUCUCGACACUUCGUCUGUGACAGCAGCAGCAGCAGCAAGAGAAAAAACAACAUGUGGCAUGAUCCAAACAGCAACAUUUACCAUGACGACAGCCAUGCAUCGACCCACAACACCUUCUACCACCGCCAUCUCUUUUGUGCAUGAACCUAUCGAGUCAUUUCAAAACAAGACUUCUACUCACCAACAACCAUCAUCAUCAUCACCAUCACCCCAUAUUGCCAUAUCCCAUCGGAAAAAUGAUAGCAGUGGAUCAUCACAAAGUCAACAAGCAUUGCGAGAACCCGAGCCGCCACCAUCAUCAUCAACAUCCAAGAGUACCAUUACCAUGUUCUUAUCAAUGGAAAUGUGUUGUGCACGUACAUCUGAUGAGGUGACCGAAUUAUGGGGCUACCAUCCGCGGGAUCUCGUUCAUCGAUCUUUGUAUGAAUUGAUAUCUUCUCACGACACGGAUCGAUUAGGCCGUCUACAUCGCUUAUUGUUGGACAACAUUAUGGACAUUGCACAACAACAACAUGACACCACCACCACCAACAACAACACAUUGGGCCCUGAAGCUCGUCCACCACCAUCCGAAAGAACGACAUCACCUAUAUUUUAUGAUACAGACCCAGAUCGGCUCAUGAUGAUUGCAUCAGGAUCAGGCACAUUUUCGGAUACGCUUCAUAUCAAGAAACAGGGUGGCGAGCAUGAAUUGUAUGAAGUCAUUGUCUAUCUUGGUGGUGGAUUAGGUGCGGAUUUGACAAAGCCAGCCACGCUCAAACACCUCUAUGUUGUUGCCGAAAUGAAGAAACACCAAUAUCGUAUUGAACAGCGUUUGUUGUCCCAUCAACAUCAUACCCGAGCAUUCAAUGCAUCCUCUUUGCGAUUCCAACAAACAUUACCAAGAGUACAUGCAUCCACUUCACAGCAUACAUUUCAUACUGGCAGCACAUCGUCAUCAUUAUCAUCAUCUUCAGCAUCAUCAUUCUCUAUGGGACAUACUACACUGAGACCUAUUGCACCCCAGCUAGCACGAUCAUCCUCAUCAGGGCCAUUGCAAGCGAGACAAGGAUCCCUGCCAGGACAUUUUGCAGCCAAUUCACAGCUCAACACUGUAUCAUUGCCAGCUGGUAGUAAGAAGGAUCAUGCUGUUCCCAAAGUCAACAUUGCACCGAUAUCCAAUCAUGAAGGUCGUCGUCAUGGUGUUGGUGGUAGUCAUGGUAGUGGUAGUCAUGGCAACAAGCAACCAAUAGCACCAGCAGUGACUGAGAGACUCUUCCCAUCAUUUACUGGCGGACCCUACUUUCGAAGGAUCGCUGCUGCUAGUCCAAAUGGGUCAGCCCCACCUCCCAUUGGACGCGAAUCAAACAAUCCUUAUUCGACAUUAGCCUAUCGCUUUGCUCCAGCUGCCCCUCCCGCAGGUUCACCACGAGGAGGUCCACCUUCUUACACGCAUCCAACGACACAAUACUUUUUGCAGACUUCAAGUAGCACUUUGAAUGCUGCAGCAUCAGCCGCUCAAAGCAGUAGUAACAACAUCUCCACGGCAACGACUACAUCCCAUCCCAAUACAGCAGCAGCUACGGAUGGUAAUACCAUGGCAGCAGAUAAUGACAAGGCUGUCGGCAAGACCGAUUCGAAACGAAAGGCCGAAAUGAGCAUCAGAUCCCUUUUGUGCUAG